CAGACAUCAAAUGGAUCAUGUUUCUAAAAUUAUAUGUAAUAGUAAACAUCAGUUUUGCGCGGACAGUCAGUGAAAAUGAUUCGUUGGUUAGGACUGAUCGCAUUUUGUGUAUCAUUUAUUUCAUAUUCUGGUGGGUCUUUAGUUACUUGGGCGCCAAACAAAAGUUUUAAUUUGCCCAUAAACUUCGAUAAGAACACCUUACCAUGCUCAAAAUCUACAGUAGUGUUUCCGGAGUCUGUUCAGGAGACAAUUCAAAUAGAUUAUUCAAUAUCAGUAAAAGAGUUAAUAUUGCCGAUAGAUGGAUCACUUGUGCUUGCGGAGGGACAGUCUAUUUUAUUUGGGAAUGAUCAAAAUGAUGCUAAUUGCACUGAAGGGAUUAUUUAUUAUAAAGAUGAUUCUUCAUCGGCUUGGGAAAAUCCUGGAGUUUGGAACUCUUCAAAAUUCAACAAAGCUACACCGGAUGCCGAAAGAAUUCCUUGCUACGAUGACACUGUGCUAUUUCCAAAGACAGCUCAAUUUACAGUUCAGCUUCCAGACUUCACACAGUACGUAAGUGGAAUCAUUAUUGAUGAUACAAACUUAACAACAGUAAGGUUUUUGGAACGCAUUACCAGUCAACCAGAUGGGGCUCAGCAAUUCGUUUCGGGAGAUGCUUUGAAUGAAUAUCCAAUUGUUGUUAGACAGGAGCCAUGCAAGUCGACUUCUGGUUGCCCUUGUCAAACUCACGGUCUCAAUAUCAACUGUAAACUAAAAUUCUGCCCACCACCAAAAUGCUCUAAUCCAAUCAAACCAGUAGGACAUUGCUGUGAAAUUUGUGGUGGAUCACUUUUAUUUGAAAUAGAAAACUUUAGCAUGUUUGCAUUUAAAAACCUUGUCCAAACGAUAAUUAAUGAUUUUGGAGCAGAUGAGUUUGUUUACCACAUAGGUAUGCUUCCAACUACCGACGUUGAAACUACGAAGACAAUGCCUAAACGAGUACAAGUGGUAAUAAUGGAUAAAGGAGAAUACACGGGGGCUAGUUCUGAGGUCGCAAAUGAGAUCGGAUAUCAAAUGUCAAAGGAAUGGACUAAGAAUGAAAAGCUGGUGCUCUUAAGCGGUUCUCCAAAUUCGGAAUCCGGACUGGGUAGCAAGAUAGCAGUGUCUAUGUUUUUUGUUGUUUUGGCUACCUUAUUGGCUCUAUUUGCGUAUUAUUAUAGGGACACGAAGAUAAGCAUUUCAGAGUUGCGCAGCAGUUUCAAUAUGCGCGGUGGGAUAUUAAACAGAUUCCAGGAGCGAUCAGAUAGUAUCGUUUCUUUGACUAGAAGGGACUCCAGUACAUCAGGAUUACGAGAAGGUAGUGGUACAGCUUUUAGAAAUCCUCUGUAUGAUUCUAAGAGGGGACGAGUUAUAGUAACUGAAUCUACUUUGGAAGAAUAAUAUUAUAACUUUUACUGUAAAAGUACUUGUAGAUAGUAAAGAUUACCUAUUUUGCUUUUAUUUCUGAGGCUAUUAUAUCAGCGCAGUACAUCACUUUUUAAUAAAAUAUUGGCAGUA